AUGCCUGGCGCGCAGACCGCCCUCAAUUACAGGGCACCGUCACCGGGGCGUGAGCUCUGCUCCCCCACCAGCGGCUGCCCUGGUCUGGCGCUGAUUCCUUCCCUGGUAGCCCUGCGGGUGGGGAGCGGGAUCAACAUUUACCAGCCAGCACCCCCUACUGGUCCGACCCAGCAGCCCCUUGAGACCCUGGGCAAUUUCCGCGGUUGGUACAUUAGGACUGAAAAGCUUCCGCAGAACCUGAGCUGGACGGUGAAGCAACAGUGUGUGGACCUGCUGGCUGAGGGUCUGUGGGAGGAGCUGCUGGAUGACGAGCAGCCGGACAUCACGGUCAUGGACUGGUUUGAGGACAGCCGGCUAGACGUGUGUGUUUACGAGCUGCACGUCUGGCUGUUGGCCGCCGACCGCCGCACAGUCAUCGCGCAGCACCACGCGGCCCCCCGGACCUCGGGGAGAGGCCCUCCUAGCCGCUGGGUCCAGGUGUCCCACGUCUUCCGCCAUUAUGGCUCCGGUGUGCGCUUCAUCCACUUCCUGCACAAGACCAAGAACCGCAUGGAGCCUGGGGGGCAGCGGCGGACACGUGUGACGGACUCCUCCGUGUCCGUGCAGCUCAGGGAGUGACUGCCGGCCUGCGCCUGUCCUGAGGCCUUGACACCUCUCGACCCCUAAGGGGCCUCACUCUCA